CAUAAGGGGACAAGCACGCGGCCCCUCGCUGGUUGCUGGGUCCUGUUUACAGCAGUUUCCACCCAUCCGGAGGACCUGCUCCUGGCUUGGGGGCCACACGCCUUUCUUCUUCAUUCGCAGCAGCUGUGUCCUGGAACAUUCGACCUCCAGACCACUCUAGUUCAACUGCAUCCGCCUGGCUUCCUCUGAGUCCACUGCCUGCAAGAGCUCAUACUCCUCCAGGCCACCCAGUGCCUUCCCCAGGCCGCCCAGCACCCACUGACUGCACCGCACCAGAAGAGAAUGGAAGGACAUAAGAAGAGCAAACAUGGAACUAAGGCUCAAGUCAGUGUAGAAGAUAACCGAAUUGCAUCAUCAUCCUCACUGAGGCUGGUCCUGGUUGGUAUAUCCGGCUGCGGGAAAAGUGCCACUGGGAACAGCAUCCUCUGCCAGCCAGAAUUUGAGUCCAAGCUGGGGGCCCAAACCGUGACCAGGAGCUGCCAGGUGGGAACAGGCACAUGGAAUGGGAGGAACAUCCUGGUGGUUGACACGCCCUCCAUCUUUGAGGCAAAGGCCAAGGACCAAGAGAUGUAUGAGGACAUCGGGGACUGCUACCUGUACUCAGCCCCAGGACCCCAUGUGCUUCUGCUGGUGACACAGCUGGGGCGCUUCACUGACCGGGACACGGUGGCAGUGAGGAGGGUCAAGGAGGUCUUUGGGGUAGGAGCCAUGAGACAUGUGGUGGUCCUCUUCACCCACAAGGAGGACUUAGGGGACAUGUCCUUGGAUGAGUAUGUAGUCAACACGGACAACCACAGCCUGAGGAGCCUGAUCCAGGAGUGUGGGGGGAGGUACUGUGGCUUCAACAACCGGGCCACUGGGGAGGAGCAGAGGGCGCAGCUGGAGGAGCUGAUGGCUGUGGUCGAGAGACUGAAAAGGAAGCGCAAGGACGCAUUCUACACAAACGACCUCUACUUGGAUGCACAGAAGCUCAAGGAAAGCAAGGGUGGCACCACUGAAGAAAAGCACCGGUGGUACCUGGCCAAGGUGAAAGCACAUGUUGAAAAGCAAAAGCAAGACCUGAAGGAGACCCGGAGUCAACGGGUGUACAAGGUGAUCCUCAGAGUCAGAAACUGUAUGCUUUCUAACAUUGGGUUAUCUGCUAUACUUGUGAUAUGUCUUCUGGUUUUUCUUGCCCUCUUAAUUAACUUGUGUAUGACUCAAGGACACUGAGCAUUUUCAACUGACUUCUACAGUUGGCUCCUUUUUUUCAAGACUCACCAUCUCUGUUUAUGUUUGUAAGAAACUUAUUUGCUUUUUGCUUAGAUUUAGUUUUCAUUUCUCUUCCUUGCAUUACACAUGUCAUUCAUGUUCUCCUAACGCUUCUAGAUAAAUAAAAUCCAAAGG